AUGUCUAUUUCGAAAGUACAAAUUAUUGUAUUUUUGAUCGUAUCAUGGAGUUCAUACAUUCUAUCUUAUGUUCAACCACAUGUUGAAAUGAAACGUUUAUCAACAAAACCUAUAAUUUCAUCAUGGGAUAAAAACUCGGAUUUUUUAUAUAAUUAUAAUAGUGCUUUUAUGCCUAUGAUAAAUGAUCCAAAUGCAAUAACACUUUUAGUUCGCGUACAAGAUUUACUCAAUGAUGCAGAAAAUAUUUAUAAUGUUGGUCCAAGUAAGAUAGCAGUGACCCAAAGUAUUGACAGUAAUCAUUUGACAUAUUCACAUAUAACUCAACAAAAUGUUAUUAUUGAUAUCGAUCGGGAUUAUCAAUCUUUAGGAGCUGAAGAUCCUCGUGUUGUACUUUUUAAUGGAAGCUACUACUUAUUCUACACUGCUGUAAGCAAAGUCCCCAGUGGUAAUUGGCGUGCUCAACUAGCGUUAGCUACGUGUAAAACCGAAUGCUUAACUAAAGAAAGUUGGACAUAUCAUGGUCCUUUAUUUCCUAAUGAAUUUUGGUGUAAAAGUGGUAGUCUAUUAAUUCAUAACGAUACUCAUCGUUAUUUGUUUUUCAACGAUUCAAAUAUUGCUAUAGCUCAAACAACUGAUCUAAUUAAUUAUAGUUUAACAAAUAGUGUUCUUCUUAAUACAAGAUCAGAUUCAUUUGAUUCUGAACUUGUUGAAGCUGGACCCGAACCAUUAAAAUUAAGCGAUAAUAAUUAUUUAUUUCUUUAUAAUUCCGCACGACGAACAAAUAUUUCAAAUCCAAAACCUGGUUGGUCACUCGAAUAUAAUUUAGGUUGGGCAAUAUUAAAUGGCGAUAAUCCAACAGAAGUCUUAGCAAGAAGUGAUCGACCCAUAUUUUCACCGGUAUUGGAUUGGGAAAAAUGUGAUAAUACAUCAUCUGAAUGGACUAAUCGCGGUCUUACACCAUUGGUUAUUUUUGUUGAAGGAUGGAAAAAAACUGCCCCAAAUACAUUUCUAGUUUGGUAUCAAGGAUGUGAUUCGACGAUGGGUUUAGCUGAACUUAAAGUAUAUUUUUCAUCUAUUGCACGAGCAAAUAGUUGUACACCUCUAGUUGUAUAUAUGCUUACUUUUUUUCUUUUAUGUUUCUCUUUUUCUUGA